CAACAUGCUAAAUGAGCAUAAUGUUUGGCGGCUUGUGUCCGCCCGCCAUUUUCGAAGGAUUCCCAAAAAGUAUCCGGUGUCUUAUAUUACCCACCGUCGAAUCCCCUUUUCCACUUUUCAGAGGCAUUUGGGCCUUGGCUCUGGAACGUGAUAUGAGUGCUUGAUCUGCCCUUUACUGUCGAACCUAUCCAAAAUCGGAGAAAACGGAUACCCAUGUCUGGAACUGUAUCUUUCAACCCAGCAUCUGAUGCUAAUGUCUCCGAGAGAAUGGGAUCUUUUAGGAAGAAAACACUGAAUGCCUCUGGUAAGUCCAGGUAUUCUUUGAAUAGAAGAGGUAGGAGAAGCAGUAAAGUGAUGUCUUUGGAAAUAGAAGACGAGCAUGAUGCUGAAGAGUUGCAGGCGGUUGACGCUUUGCGUCAAGCGCUUAUAUUGGAUGAACUAUUGCCAGAAAAGCAUGAUGAUUAUCAUUUGUUACUCAGAUUUUUGAGGGCUAGGAAAUUUGACAUUGAGAAAACAAAGCAGAUGUGGUCUGAUAUGCUUCAGUGGAGAAAAGAAUUUGGUGCUGACACAAUAGUGGAGGACUUUGAAUUCAAGGAAUAUGAUGAAGUUGUGAAAUACUAUCCCCAUGGGCACCAUGGGGUAGAUAAAGAUGGACAACCAGUAUACAUUGAGAGGCUUGGGGCAGUGGAUCCCACAAAGCUCAUGCAAGUAACAACCAUGGACCGUUAUAUCAGAUACCAUGUGAAGGAGUUUGAGAGGACCUUUGCUGAUAAGUUUCCAGCUUGUUCAAUUGCAGCAAGGAGGCAAAUCGAUCAAAGUACAACCAUCUUGGAUGUGCAAGGAGUGGGUCUUAAAAACUUUAACAAGUCUGCAAGGGAACUUAUCACUCGUCUUCAGAAGAUUGAUGGUGAUAAUUAUCCUGAGACCUUGAACCGCAUGUUCAUCAUCAAUGCAGGUUCUGGUUUUAGAAUGUUGUGGAACACUGUUAAGAGUUUUCUUGAUCCUAAGACCACAGCCAAGAUCCAUGUGCUUAGCAAUAAGUUCCAGCCCAAGUUGCUUGAAAUAAUUGAUGCUAGUGAGUUGCCAGACUUUUUAGGAGGUACUUGUACCUGUGCUGAGCAUGGAGGCUGCAUGCUUUCUGAUAAGGGCCCGUGGAAGGACCCAGAGAUCAUGAAGAUGGUUCGAAAUGGUGAACAUAAAUGUUCCAAGAGAUCUCAGACUGAAAGCACUGAAGAGAAAACAAUUUCUGAGGCUGAUGUUGUCUACUCAAAGCCUACUCAGGCUUGUGACUCUUCUGACAUGGUAAUUCCAGCUGUAGAGGUCCUGCGAUCUAUCUCAUCUAGACUUUCCAGGAAACAUAUAGAGCAUCCGGAAUUCUCUCCUGUUAAAGAAAAAAUUCCAUUUGGCCAACUUUGCCGUAAGUCCAUGAAUUAUGACACGGUCCAAGUGGUUGAUAAAAAUGUGGAUUCAGCAUGGCGAAAAGUGCUAGAGAAAAACAUACAUAACCUUCCAAAAGAUGGUCUUGCACUUCAAGAUUACAAGAUUCCCGAUGGGCUCAGCAAUCAUCUUUUGACUGGUGUUAUGACCUUCGUUAUGGGCAUUGUCACCAUGAUCCGAGUGACCAGGAACAUGCCUAGGAAGCGCACUGAAGCCAACAUCUAUUCCAACUCUCGUUACUGUGUUGAUGCGGAUGUUAAGAGCUAUGGCCCAUCAUCCAAAUCUCAACCUGGUGCUUCUAAGGAGGAUUACAUGGCUGUCCUUAAACGAAUGGCUGAACUAGAAGAGAAGAUGAGUACUUUUAACAUGAUACGUGCAGUAAUGCCACCUGAGAAGGAUGAACUUUUGAGCACUGCAAUAAGCCGGGUUGAAACCUUGGAGCAAGAGCUUAUGGCAACCAAGAAGGCCCUGGAAGACUCAAUGUCACAACAGCAGGAGCUGUUGGCUUAUAUUGAGAAGAAGAAGAAAAAGAAGAAGUUGGUAAGCGGCUUCUGGUGAAAAUAAGAAAAGCAGGACACAGCAGAUUUUCAGGCACCAAAAACUGGUGCUAGAGUGACUCUCUAUUUCCCAAGGCCUACUAAAUGCCUCAUAAUGUAAUGUUUUCCAUUUAUACUGUACAAAUGUAAAGUUUUGUUAAGAUAUAUAAAUUGACAUUCUUUUA